GUUUGUAUUAUCUCUUUGGCAAUUUGACUAAUUUCCGGGUUUUCACCGCGCCAUAAUCAAAACAAGGAAAAAAGCCUGUGAUGAAAAAAUGAUUAUCAAAGAUUUUCGCAAAGAAUUCUACGAUGCCAUUCAACAUCAGCGAGUGCUGGUACUGGUGGCUUUUGACGUAGAUGCAAUAUGUGCUUGCAAGAUUCUACAGGGUUUGUUUCAAUGUGAUCAGAUAUUGUACACAAUUGUUCCUGUGUCAGGGAGAGAGGACUUGGAGAGAGCCUUCAUUGAGAAUUCGGAAGGGAUUAAACAUGUGAUAAUGAUCAACUGUGGUGCUAAUAUAGAUGUUGUUGAGGAGCUACAGCCUGAAGAAUACAUAAAAUUUUAUAUCUGUGAUAGCCAUCGGCCUGUUGAUGUACAUAAUGUAUUUAAUGCUGUACAGAUCAAAUUACUGAUGAAGUCUGCUGAGUUAUCUGUCCCUGAAUAUGAUGAUGUCUUCAGAGAUGAUGAAGAGGAGUCGGACAUGGAUUCUGGAAAUGACAGCGAUGAAUCUGAAACCCAGUCAUCACGAAAACGGAAAAGAUUUGAUGAUGCUGCAAUAGAACGGAGAAUGGAAAAGAGAAAAUGGGAAGAAAAUAGAAAUAAAGUGCUAUUUGAAUACAUGCAGUUUUCAACAUAUGGAACUUCAUCAGCAUUAUUGAUGUUUGAGUUGGCUUGGAAGAUCUCGAAAGAUUCGAAUGAUCUGUUAUGGCUGGCAAUUGUUGGUGUUACAGACCAGUAUAUACACUAUAAAACACCAAGAGAAAAAUACAUAGAAGAUGUGAUGGCACUGCAGUCACAUGUUUCAAGACUAAACCACAAAGAUGAUGAAGAUAUUAUAUCAAUUAACUGCCUCAAGAUUAUGUAUGAUGAUGAGUUACAAUUAACGAUGUACAGACAUUGGUCCUUGUUUGAUAGUAUAUGUCAUUCAAUUAAUAUGGCAUGUAAAUUUAAGAUAUGGACACUUAAAGGACAGAAGAGAUUGCACGAGUUUCUUGCUGAAAUGGGGUUGCCAUUAACGCAGUGUAAACAGAAAUUUGCUUCCAUGGACUCCAGCCUGAAAACCAACAUUAGAACUAUGAUACAGGAAAACAUGAACAAAUAUGGUUUGGUAGAUGAAGAUGUGAUACUGCCAUCAUUUUUUGCCCAGUAUGGUUUUAAGAACAAGUUGUGUGCCACUGACGUAGCUCAUGUUACAGCAGCUAUCUUAGAAAACACAGAAAAAGGAAAGACACCUACAGAUAGUUUCCUAAAGGCGAUGGAUGUUUUAUCAAGGUCAAAUACAGCAGCAAUGGAGAAAGGUCUUGAGUUAGCCAAAAGACAGUUACAGGCCAUUAUAACCCAGGUGCAGACAUUUCUAGAUAUGCAUCAAGUCAUCUCUGCUGGUCCAUUUCUCUAUGCAUUUAUGCAAGAGGGAGCGGCUGAUGUUAAACUGUUUGCACACCAGCAAUGUGUAAUGAGACUAGCAAGAUUUACACUGGAAGCACACUGUUCUGUGAGUCGUAAUAAGAAGGCGCGUAACUUACCUCUGGUGUUAGGUGUUCCUUUAGAUAGUGAAAAGGGUACAAUACUUGUGAUAGGUAUACCACCACUCUCUAUGGAUGAUGAGAGAAAAAAUUUUUUCGGGAAAGCUUUUGAACAGGCAGCUGCCAGCACAAACUGUAGAACAUCUCAUGACACAUUCGAUACAUUCAUUAUGGAAAUGAAGAGUGAAGAUAGAAGUAAAUUCUUCGAUGCUCUGAUCAGUUUGCUGAAUUAAGGUCCAGGAUGUAGUAUAUAGAGAGGGAAUGUGUUACAUAUGGAAUCUGAAACAGUAUGGAGGAUGGAAGAUUAGAAACAUUAGGUUCUGGACAUUAUAUAUAAUAUAUAGAUAUACAAGAAAGUGAAAAUGAUUUAAUAAGAUAUACAAUAAGUGCCUAUGUAAUGAACUUUUGAGCUUGGCAUUUAGAUUGAAAGAGGUGUGAACAAAGUGACCAAACAAAACAACAGGAAUGUAAUAGAUGGUGCUGAUGUAACAGUGGAAGAGAAUAUAAUUCUGAGAACGUAAUAGUGAGAGAGAUUGUAGCAAGAUGGAAAUCAUUAUAAGAUCUUUUAGACUGAAGUGCUUGGAAAGCAUAAAACGUUGGAGCCAGUAUAAAGCAGUUAAAUCACAGUGGAAGUACAAAGCAAUGUAGUUUGUGGAAAAACUGUAAGAUGAAGACAUAUGAGCCGUGCCAUGGGAAAACCAACAUAGUGGGUUUGCGACCAGCAUGGAUCCAGACCAGCCUGCGCAUCCGCGCAGUCUGGUCAGGCUCCAUGCUGUUCGCCUUUAAAGCCCAUUGGAAUUGGAGAAACUGUUAGCGAACAGCAUGGAUCCUGACCAGACUGCGCGGAUGCGCAGGCUGGUCUGGAUCCAUGCUGGUCGCAUACCCACUAUGUUGGUUUUCCCAUGGCAUGGCUCAUAUGACAAGGCAAGCAAUUGGAUAAUUAAAAAAAUAGCUGUUUUUAAAGCAAAGGGAAGCAUUUUGUUUUGGACCAACUAGAUGCUGUGUUGUUUCUUUAUUAAUAUCAAACAUUUUUGAUGUACUUUUUGAAGAAUGGAAUUAAAAUUCUAUAUAUAUUCUUAAGUUAUUAGAUUUGUAUCAAGAAAUAUGUGCAUGUCCUUGCAGUAGAAAUAUUUUAUGACUAAGAAAGCUCUCCAUAAGAGAGUGCACAUAUCUUGAUGCAGAGGUAAUAUGCCUUUUAGUAUAUAUGCAUUUACACCUGUAAAUAUAAUUCAUUUGUUCUUUAGUUUCAGCAAAUUCAAAAUUUUCAUAUUUUUUUCAUGAAUGUUACAACACAAAUUAAGGUAAUUCUGCACAUUUGAUAAACAGGAAGUUUUAGUUUUAUGUUAUUUACCAGGAAAAGGUAGUAUAAAGCCUUUACCUGGCAUGCAUACAUGGAAAUCAGUGACAACACGUGUUAAUUUGUAAAAGUGGCAACUUUACAAACUUUCUAAACAAAAUAUAAUUUAAAAAAUGUUUAUAGGUGAUCAAAUUCCAAAUUAUGUCAUAAAAUCGGUUUGAAAUUUUUGUGCAUCCUUUGAUGUUAAGCAUAUAUCACAGAAAUAAACACAAACCUGUAUGUUUUAUUUGACUAUAUAAUAGAAAAUAUAUUUAUUUACAACAGUGAUAAGUUUCAGUAUACCUCGAAAAAAAGGAGCUAAGGAGUGGGUAUACUGGAGUCGCUAUGCAGGUCCGUCCAUGCACCUGAGAUAACUCUUGAAAGGGUGUGUGACCAUUAGACUCAAUUUUUUGGUACACAUGUAUAUAAUCAUAAGAUACAGGUGAAGGAUAAUUUCUUUACAAUCAACUGCUUUUGCCAGAGAUAUGACCCUUUUUUUUCUGACUUAAAAUUCAGUAAAAUAUUGAUACUCGUGUGAUAACAUAUGAAAGGAUAAGUGAAUUGAAUUCAUUUUUGGUACACUUUUAUGUAAUUGUGAUGUACAAAUCUUGAUCGAUUUCUGUUAUAGUCCACCAUUUUUGGGAGGGGGUAUUGCUCGUUUUUGACUAAAAAUUUUGUUGUCUGUUGAAUUACACCUGAAUGGAUGAAUGGUAAUAUAGGUAUAUCAUCAGAAAAUACAGGCUAAGUUUAGUUCUUGUUCUUGUUACAAUCCACCAGUUUUGGCAGAAUUAUAGUACCUUUUCUGACUAAAAAUUUUGCAAAAUAUUGAUGUCUGUUUGAUAACUUUUGUAACGAUGAAUAGACUGAUUUUAUUUUUGAUACAGAUUAUAUGAUUAUAAAAUUCAGGUUAGAUUUCAGUAACAAUCCACUAAGUUUUGGUGGAGCGAUGGCUUCUUUUUGACUCGAACUUUUUAAAUCAGGUCUUUUUUUUCAUACAGGAAUGUUAUGUUAUAGCGGUAUUAUUUUUGAAAACUUACACGAGGUUUCAAAUUUCCAUUGCAGUCUAGCAAACAAAUACGCGACCCUGUCUUUUUUAUUUGCUAGACUCAAUUCAUUUACCUUGAUGUUUUGAAAGAAGUAAGAUAUUUAGCCAAAUUCUACAUUGUACAGAAAAAAAUAAUGCAAACACAAUUUCUUUUAGUUUUAUGAUAAAAGUGCUACAAAAAAAAAUGUAGUGCAUCAAAUAUACUGGAUUUGUAUUUAUAAAUUGUAAAUAUUUUAUUACUGUACCAAACUGCAGAUCUAUUAAAUUAAAUGAUUUAACCAUC